UCUUUAUGUCAUUUGUAGCCUAAGAUUAACUUUUUCAAUUGAAAAAAAAGUUAUUUAUAAGUAUGAAUAUAUAGUGAAUCGAAUAUUUGCAACAGUAUUUCUUACAGGGACGAAUCAUCUGUCAGAGAUAUUAAAAUCUAAUGAAUUACAAAGUUUUAUUAUAUUCAUUAGUUAAGAAAGCUUUACUUUUGUUGUCGGUAUUAGUUGACGGCUUACAAAUAAUAGAUUUGAAAAUAAGGACUAAUAAAUAAUUUUACUUUGGGAAAUGACCGACCCCCUUGUCAACAUCCGUAAAGGGACAUUACUAGCAGGAAAUUUACCGCUCAACAUGGCUGAUUACAGGAGUAGCAUGCUUUCAGGUGUAAUACGUCUGUGCUUACAAACUGAUCAGAAUGCAUCACUUAUAUCUAGUCUUCCAACCGUCAUCUCUCACCAUCAGCUUUUUGGCUCACAGCAAUUUGGCAGUCUAAAUGACAUCAUAGGAGAUGUUAAUAAUCAACUGAACUCGUCAAAAAAAAGACUUCAAGGCCUCAUAUUACUUGAUUGCUUGAUACAGCAGGGCUCAGCAGACACAUUCAGCAGUCAUUGCCAGACUUGGCUGAACCUGCUUUUACAAGCAUUGCAGAGCCCCUCAUCUGACCAGGUGCACAAACUGUCACUAACUGUGUUGUCAUCAUUGAUUGAACGCAUCACCAGUUUUCCAGAGUUAGCUCGAGAUGUGGGGACAAUGUACAUCGCGCAACUGCUCCCACUUUUGUUGACAUUUUCAUCAGGGGUAAAAGAUGAAGCAAUCACCUGCAUACAUGCCUGUGUCAUUCAUUUCCCAGGACCCAGUGGCAACUUCCUGAACAAAAUUAAAAGCAUGCUAGUUGAAGAGCUGGACAGGGCUACACCAUCUCAGGCAGCAGUGCAGUGUUACACAUCACUCGCACAGUGUGGCAGUGCAGGAACACAAGGCACCAAACACAGAAAAGGCUGGGCAGAAAUGUGUGACAGUCUUGUGUCAUCUCUUAUCUUUUGGCUUGGUCAGCUGUAUGAAGGACUAGAAACAGGACUGCAAGAGGAAGAACAAGGCAGUGACAAAGUAUUUGGAAGUUGCCAGCUUCCUUCUACCCAGCCACAGCAAACAGUACACAUUGUCCAUCGAUUCCAAACUCUGUGUUUGUGUCUAGAGAGCUUAUUGAGAGAGUCAUUCUCAACCUGGGUGCAGAUUCCAGCUGACAAGAUUCUAAAACUUAUUUGUCGAGCACUAGCAGUACACGUCAACAUGUUGUCCUGCAAGGCUACAACAAACUACCUACUGCUUCUGAGCUACUUGCCUUCCAUACACAUUUCUGUGCUGAAAGUACUUUCUCAGCUCAUAGUUUGUUGCAAAAGGCUGUUGAUGCCUCAAGCUUCGCUGAUCUUCAGACUAGUCAUUCAGUGUCUGACUACAACAAACAGAAAUAACAUGGUACCAGGAGUGGAGAAACCAUUUAGAGAGCUGAGGGAGAGUGCCUACUAACACGCUAGUUCGUUGGCUGCAAGUCAGUGGGUCAGGGGGUCUGAUGGCCACCAAGGAUGAACAGGAGGACUUGCUAAAAGAGAUUAGCUUUGACAUCAUGCCAAUGCAGGACAUUAUCAAGAUUGAUGUGAAGUCAUCUGACAUUGAUGGGAAGGUCACGUCCACCAAAAAGAAAACAAAAGGAGUUGGUGGUUACCAAGAGCUUGCUCAGAGCUCAAGUUCUCAGUGGCAUGGCCAUCAUGUCGCCAAUGCAGGCAG